AUGUCCCUUUUUCCGUGGCUUCCACUUCAAACCAUGCUCUCCAUCAACCCCCAGAUCCUUUCACCGGUGUUCAGACUAGCAGUAUGCAACACGUGGACCCUUUCGCCCAGACUGACCCCUUUGCCGCUGCUGCCGCAUCAGGGAACUUUGCUGUUCAGUUUCCACAAGAUCCAUUCGGAGGUACAGCGUCCGUUGGAGGAGCUCAUCCGGUAA